AUGAUUACUUUUGUGGUCGUCCAGCCUGAUUUCUUCAGUCGGUCUUGACACCUUUAACUGGUGGCAUGAAGUUGAUUUUGUUUUUAGCAAUAAGCUUUAUACCGGUAGCUAUUGUUGCCGAUGAACAUCUUAUAUAUACUCCUAAGGCAAAGGGAGCGGAAGUUGUCGAAGCAGUUGUAGCCAAAAUAGACGCCUCUUGUAUAUUUCCCGACUUUAAACUCUUCUUGAGAAGAUUAGCUUACGUUGAAUCGAAAGAUGGUAACAAUUUGAGGUUUCUCGUGCCCAGAGGAGGCAUAUGGAAAGUAAGUUUUUAGCAUUAUUAAUUAUUUUGACAAGACGACCUUUGUUAGUAGAAAAUUUAGUAUAAUGUUCCCUAUAAAGGACACGUGUAUGCUUCUUUUCUUUCUUUGGUGUUCGUAAACAAACGAGUAAAAAGAUAAUUAUUUAUUAAUGAAUAUAUCCUCUUGAAAAAUAACCCUAUUUAAAAAAGAAGCACACGGCUAUCCAAUUAACAAUCUCAGCUUGAAAUCAAUUCGACCGUAAAUAAUCGGCGCUGUUUGAUGUCUUUUAAAAUGUUUUGAUUAGCCUCUAAUUAGGGUUUAUUUAACGCCGUUUUAUAAACAAUUUCGUAGUUUAGAAACUCGUACAUUUUUAUUUUUCCAAUUACUAUCGGAAAGAGAGGUUGUGUAGGAUGAAAAAAUCAUUUAGAAUCGAUGAUAUUUUAAGAGAUGCUAAUGUGGAAGAAACAAAGGAACAAAUGGAUGUCAAUAGUGAAAACAAUAAGAAAAUGUGGAAAAGUUCUUCUAUCGAAUCAUUUGACAAUAUUCGUCUACCAAUACCAUCAGAUUCUAAUCAUCAUGGUUCAUACUCAUCUAAUGAAUAUAAACUCAAGCUUAAAACGGAACUUAGCCCGAUAAAAACCUUUAAUCCUUUUGUAAUUCCGGUUCCAUUACCAGUAUACUUUGGAUCAAAAAGUUAUCAGAUAGAGGAUUUAAAAAAGUGUCGAAGAUCCAGGACUGUUUUUACAGAGUUACAGAUAUUAGGUUUGGAAAAAGCAUUUGAAACUAGCCGCUACUUAUCAAAUAGCGAAAGAAUUGUCCUCUCAGAGCGCCUUGGUCUUUCUCAAAUUCAAGUAAAAACAUGGUAUCAAAAUCGACGAAUGAAAUGGAAAAGAGAACAAAAUAGUUCAUUAAAAACCCAUAAAAAGUGAAUUUGACAGUCUUAGAUCAGCUUAGACAUCUUUAAAAUAAUGAAAUUAUGAUAUUUUUUAUCUAUCUUCUCUUUUACACCUUUUUUAUAAUUGGGAAAAAAUUUUAUUACUAAUUAUUAAUAAUAUAACUAAAGCACUUAUGCUACAAUAAUCUAUUUAUUGUCGAACAGAGAGCUAGCUAUAAGCUUCAAGCUAUUUCCUAGUAAAAUAUCAAUAAUAACAACAACGAAUUAGAUAUUAACAUAACAUUAUAACUAGUCUAUUUUUAUAAAAAUGACUAUUGUCAAUAAAAAUUUGAAUACAUCAUUUACAAGGAAAUCCAAAAUGGUAAAAGGGAAAUAUUUAACUGAUAUUUUAUUUACUAUUCUUUAGUGAAAAACAUAAAUUAUCUAUAAGUAAAGCAAAGUGACUCGAGUAAAUAAUCACUAAAAGACUUAAUAGACAAAUCUGGAAAGAAAAAGCAAAGAGUAAACUUUUAACAAUAAUUUGAUAUCUGGUUUGUUUUUUUCAUUGUUUAUUUUAACAACACCGUGAAAAAAAAAAAAAAACACUUAAAUACUUUUGCCUCUUUACUCUAUCUAUCCUUUAUUCGGAUUAGCACUUUCUAUCAUUUUUUCAAUUUAGCUCUUUCGAUUUUUAAGUAUUUAUUACAUUUUAUUGCAUAAACAUCUCAUAUUUUCAAGGUUUAAUCAAUAAUUAAAAUUGUAUUAUCUAUCGUACGAUGGGACGAUAGUCAACUUACAUUAUCUAGGUUAUAAGCAAAACUUUAUACGCCAUCUGUCGUCUAUCCUUUGUUUUAUUAAUACUCUUUAUAGUACCGUAUAUUAAUACAUCAAUAUUUAUAAAAAAACAGGUUGGACUAAUUGGUUAUCACAAUACUUUCAAAAUUAUUGAAAAGAAUUUAGCUUUGAGAGCUGCUAUCCUUGCGAAUUUUCAUAUUCCAUGGAUGACCGUUACGUUUAGAGAUUUGGACAAACCUUUAUAUUCUGGUAUUGCUGCAGCAAUUAUCCUCUCCGGUGUCAAUAAAGAAAUACCCAGAGACAUUGACGGUCAGGCCUACUAUUGGCAUCGAUACUAUAGAAUUGCUGGAAUACCAUACUACUUUGCAACUCAAGCGGCCAAGAUCGAACCAUCUUGCAACAACAAAGCGUUGGAUGUCGUUUUCGUUCUAGAUGGAACUAUAAGCGAUAAAUACUUCCUCAAUUCAUUAACUUUUGCAGAAGAAGUCGUUGAAAACCUUAAUAUUGGCUCUGAAAACACCAGAGUCGGUUUAUUGCAAUUUUCUACUUGGGCUCACCCAGAAUUCUAUUUGAACUCAUACACAACAAAAGCCGAAGUUAUUGAUCAUAUUAGGUCCAUCCAUCCUAUUAAAGGAUAUAGAAAUUUGUAUGCCGGUCUACACUCGAUCGUGGACGACAUGUUUAGAUCUGAUAAAGGAGCUAGAAAUAAGGCAAUUAACCCUCGAGUGGCUAUUAUCUUAACUGCCGGUAAAUCGAAGUAUCCUUGGAAGACUUUCUUAGCCGCACCAAGAGCCCAUAGAGCUGAUAUAACAUUGAUAGCCGUUGGAGCUAAAAAGCUAUACGAUGUGGCAGAGUUAAUAGCAGUUGCAUCUAGACCCACUUGCAGCUAUAAGCAUCUUAUGAAAGACCUUCACGAACUAGCACUUGCUGAUAGCUCAAUCACUAAGUCCAUUUGCAAUUCACCUGUAACAUUCAAAAAAGGAAAAACACAAAUUCCUAACUUACCUGCCAAAGAGUCCCAAAACUGCAAAGUUGAAAUACCUUCAAAGGGAGCCAGAAUAAGGAUCUCUGUUCAAUCUGGCUCAGUUGUAUACACUACAGCAAAAGAUAUAUUUCCUAAUCGAGCAUAUUACAAAGACUCAGUUACUGUACAACCAGGAUCACCAGCCGUUUUAUACGUUCCACGACAUGAUGCACAUUUAUUGAGUGGUAAAAUAUUCUGUAAUUUGAAAGCUGGUACUCAAAACGUAGGAGGUAUUAUAAUUGAUAUAAUUCCUGGUGAAACCGACGCUUGUGAAUCGACCCCUUGUCAAAACGGGGGUACUUGCACACCUGAUGGAACAGACCACUAUGUAUGCACUUGUCUCCCCAAUUUUAAUGGUCUAAACUGCGAAAACGAAAUAAAACCAUGCGAUUCCAACCCAUGUGCGAAUGGAGGAACCUGUAUUAAUCAAGGAAACGAAUUUCAAUGUUUAUGUCCACCAACACACACUGGACCACAAUGUACAGAAGAAGUAAAACCAUGUGAUUCGAAUCCAUGUGCAAAUGGAGGAACAUGUAUUAAUCAAGGAAACGAAUUCCAAUGUUUAUGUCCACCGACACACACUGGACCUCAAUGUACUGAAGAAGUAAAACCAUGUGAUUCCAGUCCAUGUGCAAAUGGAGGAACUUGUAUUAAUCAAGGAAACGAAUUCCAAUGUUUAUGUCCACCUUCACACACUGGGCCACAAUGUACAGAAGAAGUAAAACCAUGUGACUCCAACCCAUGUGCAAAUGGAGGAACCUGUGUCAAUCAAGGAAACGAAUUCGAAUGUUUAUGUCCACCAACACACACCGGACCACAAUGCACAGAAGAAGUAAAACCAUGUGAUUCGGAUCCUUGUGCAAAUGGAGGAACCUGUAUUAAUCAAGGAAACGAAUUCGAAUGUUUAUGUCCACCAACACAUACCGGUCCACAGUGUACUGACGAGGUUAAGCCUUGUGAUUCCAGUCCAUGUGCAAAUGGAGGAACCUGUAUUAAUCAAGGAAACGAAUUCGAAUGUUUAUGUCCACCAACACAUACCGGUCCACAGUGUACUGAAGAGGUUAAGCCUUGUGAUUCUAACCCAUGUGCAAAUGGAGGAACUUGUAUUAACCAAGGAAACGAAUUCCAAUGUUUAUGUCCACCAACACAUACCGGUCCACAGUGUACUGAAGAGGUUAAGCCUUGUGAUUCCAGUCCAUGUGCAAAUGGAGGAACCUGUAUUAAUCAAGGAAACGAAUUCGAAUGUUUAUGUCCACCAACACAUACCGGUCCACAGUGUACUGAAGAGGUUAAGCCAUGUGAUUCCAGUCCAUGUGCAAAUGGAGGAACUUGUAUUAACCAAGGAAACGAAUUCGAGUGUUUAUGUCCACCAACACACACCGGACCACAAUGCACAGAAGAAGUAAAACCAUGUGACUCCAGUCCUUGUGCAAAUGGAGGAACCUGUAUUAAUCAGGGAAACGAAUUCGAAUGUUUAUGUCCACCAACACAUACUGGUCCACAGUGUACUGAAGAGGUUAAGCCUUGUGAUUCCAGUCCAUGUGCAAAUGGAGGAACUUGUAUUAACCAAGGAAACGAAUUCCAAUGUUUAUGUCCACCAACACAUACCGGUCCACAGUGUACUGAAGAGGUUAAGCCUUGUGAUUCCAGUCCAUGUGCAAAUGGAGGAACCUGUAUUAAUCAAGGAAACGAAUUCCAAUGUUUAUGUCCACCAACACACACCGGGCCUCAGUGUACAGAAGAGGUUAAGCCUUGUGAUUCCAGUCCAUGUGCAAAUGGAGGAACUUGUAUUAACCAAGGAAACGAAUUCGAGUGUUUAUGUCCACCAACACACACCGGACCACAAUGCACAGAAGAAGUAAAACCAUGUGACUCCAAUCCUUGUGCAAAUGGAGGAACCUGUAUUAAUCAAGGAAAUGAAUUCGAAUGUUUAUGCCCACCAACACAUACCGGUCCACAGUGUACCGAAGAGGUUAAGCCUUGUGAUUCCAGUCCAUGUGCAAAUGGAGGAACGUGUAUCAACCAAGGAAACGAAUUUGAAUGUUUAUGUCCACCUUCACACACCGGACCUCAAUGUACUGAAGAAGUCAAACCAUGUGAUUCCAAUCCUUGUGCAAAUGGAGGAACCUGUAUUAAUCAAGGAAACGAAUUCCAAUGUUUAUGUCCACCAACACACACUGGACCACAAUGCACAGAAGAAGUAAAGCCAUGUGAUUCGAAUCCAUGUGCAAAUGGAGGAACCUGUAUUAAUCAGGGAAACGAAUUCGAAUGUUUAUGUCCACCGACACACACUGGACCUCAAUGUACUGAAGAAGUAAAACCAUGUGAUUCCAACCCAUGUGCAAAUGGAGGAACUUGUAUUAAUCAAGGAAACGAAUUCCAAUGUUUAUGUCCACCAACACACACCGGUCCACAAUGUACUGAAGAAGUGAAGCCCUGUGAUUCCAGUCCAUGUGCAAACGGCGGAACUUGUAUUAAUCAAGGAAACGAAUUCGAAUGCUUAUGUCCACCAACUCAUACUGGACCUACAUGUGAAGAGAGUGGAAAGUGUGAUUGUGCUGCUGUUAAUCCUUGUACUCCUGAAAAUAUAUCUAAUGGCAAGUUUUACCAUGAGCAUGUUGAAGCAGCUAAGUUUUGUCAAUGUGCACCUGGUAAUCCUCCUCACAUCCCUCCAAGAUGUUUUGUAAUGAGCUGUGGGCCUGGUACAGUUUUUAAUCCAGCAAUCAACGUUUGUGAUUGGCCACAUAAUGUGGGUAAAUAGAUGAAGUUACAGUGGCAUUUUAAAGAAGUUUUUUUGGAAUUUUCAAGAGAGAUUUACUUAAAGCCAUGCAAAAUUAAAUUCUAAUCUGGAAUUAUUAUAUAAUUAACUUACAUAUUUUGAUUGAAAAAGAAUAAGUUUUCUGUUAACUUUAGAAAAGCCAUAAAUUUUAAUUUCAUGCAUCUUCUUCGUUUCAUAAUACUACGAGUGGUUAAAUCGUUACUAUAUUUAGUUUGUAUAUAUCUUGAUGGUAUAAAUGAUAUUUGUAAUUUAUAGUCUUUAAUUUUGAAUGAGCAAUGGAAAUGAAAAGAAAUAUAGUCAUGGUCCAUUGCAAUGAAUAACAUAAUACUUUAUCGAUUACCUUCUGUAAUUUAUUAUCGGUGAAAAAAGAAACUGACUGGUUUAAACUAUUUUAUAGAUGAAAUUCUCAACCUUAAAGAUAAUCAUGUCCAAAUUAUAUAGCGUUUUCUCUCUUUCUCCUAAAUGAAAGUUUUAUUAACAUAAUACUAUAGAAUAUGAUAAUAAGAAUCAACACUGAACAGAGCAGAUCUAGUAGUAUUUGCUCGUUUUUAUAAACACGAGGGAAGUCUUAAAAGUACUCCCCCGAGUAAAUGUUUUUUGAGGGUAAUUAUCAGCGAAAGAGUUGCUGUGUUGAAUCUUGUGACAAAACUAAAAAUAUAAGAGUAGCAAUUAUUGUCAAAAGAUGGGGAAAACUUAAGUGUUCUUCAAAGGUCUUGUUCUACAAAAAUUACCUCGUUCUUUAGGAUGAAAAGUAAUUAUGAAAAAAUUCAUUUACUUAUGGAGAAUUAAGAGAUUUUUUACGUCGUUAUCUAUACAGAAUUGCGUAAUAUAAAUUCUGAUUACAUUGUUAAAGACGAAAAGCUUACUGUACUAUUUUUUUAUUCCGUCGCCUAACUCUUCAACACAGUAGCUCCUAUAUUAGUAUAUUGUAUCUUUUUACUUUCUGCUCCUAUGCUACCACUCAAACACUCGAAUACUCGCAUAUAGAGCAUAACUAAAACUCUUUCUUUGUAUUUCAAAGCUUCGAAUACAACUGGGAAUGGCAUUUGUUAUUGUUUUAGUGACAGUUGGGGAAAAUAAUCGUUUAAACUAACUAUAAUAGUCCAUAUUUAUUUCAACCGCACCUACAUUUUUAU